UCACUGAACUGAUUUAUUCAAUGGAGCACUAGCUUAGGCUGCCUGCUUCAUACAUGCAUCAGGGAUUUUACCUGUAGUCGGAGCGAGUAGGUCUUCCUACAACAUCACACACUGUGUUUUCAGGAAGAGGUUGUAGAUCACCAUCACAAUGCUGCUAAGAGCUCUUUGCUGCUGCGUGUUUUUUAGCACUGCUGUUGUUCUCUGCGCUGGAGGAAAGGGGCACAUAUCUAUAGUUCUUCUGGGGGCUACAGGGGAUCUAGCUAAAAAGUACUUAUGGCAGGGUUUUUUCCAGCUUUACGUCAAUGAAGUUUCUAGAAGGCACAGCUUCAGCUUUCAUGGAGCUGCAUUGACCCCUCCAGAGAAAGGUGCAGAAUUAAUGUUCAAUGUGCUGAAGUCUCUCAGCUGUCCUGUGGACAUCACCCCAGACAGAUGUGCCUUGUUAAAGGACCAGUUUUUGAAGCUUAGUCACUACAAGCAGCUGAAAACUGCAGAGAAUUACACAGCACUUCACCUGGAUAUCCAGAAAUCGCUGGCCGAUGAGGGGCUACAUGAAGCCGGGAGACUGUUUUACCUCUCUGUGCCACCUUUUGCCUAUGCCGAUAUUGCUAAGAACAUCAAUGCCAGCUGUAGGCCACUUCCUGGAGCUUGGCUUCGCGUGGUGCUAGAGAAACCCUUCGGACAUGACUAUGAAUCUGCAAAGUCAUUGGCCGCUGAGCUUCAAACCUAUUUCCAGGAGGAAGAGAUCUACCGAGUUGAUCAUUAUCUUGGAAAACCGACGGUUGAACAGAUUCUUCCAUUCCGGCUCAGCAACCUGAAGCAUCUUGAUCCAAUCUGGAACCGACAUCAUGUGGAGAGAGUAGAGAUUGUGAUGAAAGAGACACUGGAUGCAAAAGGUCGGAUUAGUUUCUAUGAGGAAUACGGUGUUAUUCGUGAUGUCAUCCAAAACCACCUAACGGAAAUUCUUGCAUCUGUUGCCAUGGAAGUUCCACGCAACCUCAGCAGCUCGGAAGAUAUCCUCAGAGCAAAGCUCAGUCUACUGGAUUCUUUACACAAACUCGACCUGGGCAGUGCGGUGGCCGGCCAGUAUCAGGAUUACCUAGCACAGGUGAAGGAGGAGAUCGAGACACAGCCAAAUUUUUUCACCAAUACAAAGACCUUUGCUGCUGUGCUGGUCCAUGUUGAUAAUGUGCGAUGGGAAGGCGUCCCGUUUCUCCUGUUAUCAGGCAAGGCUCUGGACGAGAGGACUGCAUUUGUGCGUGUGGUUUUCAAAGACAAUGCCUUCUGUGUACAAAAACAAUCAAAUCAGGAUCCUCUAAGAAACUCGUGUAAACCCAAACAGAUUAUUUUCCAUAUUGGACACGGAGAAAUAGGCUCCCCUGCUAUCCUAGUCAGUCAGGGACUUUUCAAACCUAAUGUUAACCCCAGCAAAUGGCAAAGAGCAACAGAGCUCCCCUCGAUCCAGGUGUUUGGACAACCUCUGUCUGAUUAUUAUGUGUACCAUCCCAUUGUAGAGAAAGAUGCCUACUCAGUGCUAAUAUCCAAUAUAUAUAGAGGGAAAAAGGACUCCUUCAUCACAACCAAAAAUUUGCUGGCGUCCUGGAGUUUCUGGACUCCACUUCUGGAGAGUCUGGAGCAUGAGUCGCCCCGGGUAUAUCCUGGAGGUACAGGGAAUGAGCAGUUGCUAGAUUUUGUGAUUGAAGAUGGGAGUUUAAGGUUUGUCACCGAUGAGAAUCUUGAAGUGUUGAGUGUGGCACCAAAGAUUAAUGUGUUUUCCACUACCCAAUCUUCUUUUCUUGGUAAUUCUAUGGUGUCUGACUGGGCUGAGUCGCUAAUACAGACUCUCGGACAAGAUAUUCAGAAUGCAGCUGAAGAGUCCAUAAAAAGUUCAGGGGACUUCCAUUUAGCGCUGUCUGGUGGAUCUAGUCCUUUAGCUUUGUUUCAGAGGUUGUCCAGACAUCAUCAUGGUUUCCCGUGGAAGCAUACUCACUUAUGGUUGGUAGAUGAACGAUGUGUACCCUUCACUGAGUCAGACUCUAAUUUUGGCAACAUUGAAAAACAUCUUCUUCAGCAUGUGCGAAUUCCAUACGUAAAUAUUCACCCAAUGCCAGUUCAAAGGAACCAGCGGCUCUGUGCCGUAGAAGACAUGGGCAACCAAACAUACGCAGAAGAUAUUUUUGCUCUAGUAGGCAAUGCCAGCUUUGAUUUUGUGCUUCUAGGCCUGGGCAACGAUGGCCACACAGCUUCCAUUUUUCCAGGGAAGGAAGAUGGUAUUUAUGGAAGGUCUACGGUGUUACUUACAGAAAGUCCACAAAAACCUCACCAGAGAAUGAGUCUUAGUCUCCCACUCAUCAAUAAAGCUCAGAAAGUUGCUGUUUUGGUAUUGGGAAAAGGAAAGCAUGAAAUUCUAACUCUUAUCAGUAGAGCAGAGAAAACCCCCAAAAAGUGGCCUAUUCAUGGGGUGAAUCCCACACCUGGGAAGUUAGUUUGGUAUAUAGAUUAUGAAACUCUGUUGAGGUAAAAUAACUUUUUCCAUUACAUUGCCUUUUUUUUGUUAUUUUGGGAACUGCUUUGGAAAUCAGGAAAGCACAUUUUUAUAUAAACCAUUGAAGAGUUAGAACAUUGUCUACCCUAUGUUCACCACCAAAAUAUCAACAAAUUCACACAAUGUAUUAAUAGUCCCUAGAAGGUUUUUCUAAGCAGAAGGUGAGCUGUUAUGUCUCUAGUCAACACAUUGAUUUUUAUAUUGGUGUGCACAGCUCCGGUAGGUCGGUCUUGCCUCUGGCAUCAAACCUGCUAAACUGAUUUAGUCAGUGACAACUAAAAGAAAUCUAUUGUAUAGUUUAACAGAGUGUGAUUGUGACGAAUGUUAUUCAAGGAAAAAUAGAAUUGCGAGAAUCUGAUACAAUACAGUAUGUGAAUUAUCAAAACUGAGUACUAUAAGAAAUCAUGUGCCCAGACUUCCUAAACAAACUUGUUUUUUUUUUUUUAAGGGGGCAGAUUAACUUCUUUUCUUUUUUUUGUGCUAAUUAUUAACUUACACAAAUUGGCCAAUUAUCCUGUCCCUUCCCAGUGCAUUUCUUGCAAGAAUUAACUUGCAUUAUUGCCCAGCAGUAUCAGGGUAUCCUGCACAAUGGUCCAUACCUUACUUAUCCAGCUGACAUGUGUGACGUUUACGUUUCUAAAUUAAUCAGAUUGGAGGUAUCAUCCAUUUCUUUCAUAGUGUCUACUACUAGAAGAUUACAGGCACUUUACUGAGAUUACUGGCAUGCGGUCUGCUGUUCUUAUUAAGGAAUCAGAUUGCAAGCUCUGGUUAAACUGAACAAUGUGUGUGCCUCAGUUCCUUUUUAUAUUCCCAAUACAACUUCAGCCUCAGGUGGGUGAUCUGACCGAACAUUUACAGCUACAAUAUUACAAAGGAAGUCCCUUUCCAGCAUCAAAAAAGUAGUCUUUUUAAAUGUAGGUAUUUUUCACACCUUGGCAUAAAGUAUCUAUACAAGUAAAUGUGUAGUAUGACCUUAUUUGUUUGGUCUGUAGUGAAUAUUUUGUAUUGUUUUAUUAUAUUUCAAUGCUAGAUAAACUGUAUCUUUUAUCUCAUUCACGCCCCACGUCUGCUAAUUGAUGCCUAGAUUAAACUACUGAUAAAUGGGAAACCUAAUCACUAAUGUACAAUUCGUAUCACCAGCAUUUGAAUCCAAUGACUGUGAAUAAAUGUUCUUUUGUACUUUCAUGCA